GUGGAACUUUACCUACUGAAACGCCAAAAUGACCUUUGGCGCCGCCGAGCGAGGCGCCUACCACUUGCUAUCAUCUGACAGAGAGCACCCGCUACCUAUGCUGUCCAAUCUGCUCGUGCUGCUCGUGCUCGGCGCCAACCUCCUCUUCUCCGGGUUCAUCUCGGGCUGGGCGUCCAUGCAGCUCUUCCUCAUUGAUGAAGACCAGUACCACGACCGCUGCGAGAGUCCUUCGGUGCGCUGCGCUGCGCAAGAGUCGCAGCUCGCACUCAUUUACGGUCUCGCACAGUUUACAACCACACUGAGCUCGUUCCCCGCCGGCCUUUUUCUUGACAAGGCGGGGCCCGUCGCCACGAGUCUUGUCGCGGGUGCAUUUUCGGCUGUGGGUUUUGCGCUCAUGGCCGUCUCGGACUCGGUGACGUUCGAUGCCUUCAUCGAAGGCUACUGCCUCAUUGGCGUUGGCGGUACGCUCACGCUGCUCACGUCGUUCCAAGCCGGGUUCGUGCACCUCCCCUGGCAAACGCUCGUCCUCGCCGCAGCCAACUGCCUCUUUGACGCGAGCGCCGUCAUGCCCUCGGUGCUCUACGCGCUGCAUACCGCGCUCGGUUUGUCGCGGCAGACGCUGCUCCUUGUCUACGCGGGGCUUGCUCUGGCCGUGUACCCACUGGUAGCGAUCUGCUGGCACCUCCACCGAGGCACGAAGGAGGUCAAGGAAGAGAAGAGGCUCGCCAUUUCGUGGACGACACAACUUAUCUCGCUGCCCUUUGGCUUCCUCGCCGUCUUUGCGAGCGUGCACAACCUGCAGUCGGCCAUCUUUUUCGGAACCGUCAAUCGCAUGCUUGCGGUUGACGGAGACCAACGUCUAGUCUACACGCGCGCGUUUGGGUGGGUCCUUCCGGUUGGGUUUCUGGCGGUGCCGCUCUUGCACGCUGUUGUGCGCAAGUACAGUGUGCUCGGCGCAAUGUUCAGCACGUCGCUGCUCUGCGUGGGCUACCACGCGUUCCUACUGGUGCCGUCGCUAGAGCUGCAGCCCAUUACGUUUGUGCUCUUUACCAUUUUUCGAGGCUUUCUGUAUUCGACGGUCGCCGCGUUUGGAGCCGAGACCUUUGGCGAGGCGAGUCUUGGAUCGCUUCUCGGUGCGCUCUACUCCCUCUGCGCCCUCGUCGCUCUGUGUCAAGUACCUAUUGUCGUUGCCGCCAAUGCAGCACCCCGCUGGGCACAACACAUGUACAUCGUCUCGUUGGCUACCGCAGUUUGUAUGCUCGGUGUUCUCGAGUGCUAUCGUCGAUACCACUCGGUUCGUCCUGUAACCACCGAGUCAGAGGGCACGCGGGACCUUCCUACGUCACGUUUGCUCUCCUCGUGACCUCAUUAGACUUAAAGCCAUAUAUCGAUAUAAACAACGAGGGCUAGGUGCAUCUAACGUAGAACAAGUCGUCGUUCAAUUCGU